GGCGCGCGGAGCGGAGACGCGCAGUGUCUCUGCGCGCUUGGAGGAGGUACAGCUGCCGGCGGGAGGGGGGACAGAGAGCCACCGAGCAGGCGACCAUUCCUUCACUGCUGCCGCCUCUCCUCUGUCAGCAUCCCUCAGAAAAUCUGCCGCACCGAAGAUCCAUCGUUUCCCUCCAGCCUCUGGCGCUCCUCAGUAUGUGUGGGAUCUAAGGGCUCCGAAGGGAAAAGGACUGACUGACACCCCCCACCCCCACCCCGGUGGAUGUGGACACAUAAACUGCUGACAUGGAGAAGAUAGUGAAUCCGUUGGUCUCUUUUCUCUUGGUUUUAUGGGGCUGCGCGCUCGGAGGCUCUCCCGGUGUUCAGAUAGGGGGGCUUUUUCCACGAGGCGCGGAUCAAGAGUACAGCGCGUUUCGGAUAGGAAUGGUUCAGUUUGGCACCUUGGAAUUCAGACUCACACCCCAUAUUGACAACCUGGAGGUGGCCAACAGUUUUGCUGUAACCAACUGCUUCUGUUCCCAGUUCUCAAGAGGAGUCUAUGCCAUCUUUGGAUUCUAUGACAAGAAAUCAGUGAACACCAUCACAUCGUUCUGUGGGACACUGCACGUCUCCUUCAUCACGCCUAGCUUCCCUCUGGAUGGAAAUCAACAGUUCAUUAUCCAGAUGCGACCUGAUAUCAAAGGCCCCCUCCUCAGUCUCAUUGAGUACUAUAAGUGGGACAAGUUUGCCUAUCUGUACGACAGCGAUCGAGGCCUCACUACGCUGCAGGUGGUUCUGGACACAGCAGCAGAAAAGAAGUGGCAGGUGACUGCCAUCAAUGUGGGAAACCUGAAGGAUGAGAGGAAGGACGAGGCGUACCGCUCACUCUUCCAGGACCUGGAGAACAAGAAGGAGAGGAGAGUGAUACUGGACUGUGAGCAGGACAAAGUCAAAGACAUCAUGGAUCAGGUCAUCACAAUAGGCCGACACGUGAAAGGCUACCACUACAUUAUUGCCAACCUUGGGUUUGUUGAUGGAGACCUGUCCAAGAUUCAGUACGGUGGAGCCAACGUUUCGGGAUUUCAGAUUGUUGAUUUUGAUGAUCCUCUGGUUUCAAAAUUCGAUCAGCGAUGGGAAGCCCUGGAGGAAAAGGAGUAUCCAGGUGCUGACAGCAAAAUAAGGUACACAUCAGCGCUGACCUAUGACGCAGUUCAGGUGAUGACUGAAGCCUUCCGGUAUCUGCAUAAGCAGCGCAUUGACUUCACCAGGAGGGCCAACACUGGUGACUGUCUGGCCAACCCUGCGGUUCCUUGGGCUCAGGGAGUGGAAAUCGAGCGAGCGCUCAAACAGGUACGAGUGGAAGGUCUGACAGGAAACAUCCAGUUUGAUCAACAUGGCAAGAGAGUCAAUUACUCUGUAAAUAUCAUGGAACUGAAGAAUAAUGGCCCCGUAAAGAUUGGAUACUGGAACGAAGUUGACAAAAUGGUUCUCACCAAAUUGGGCGAACCUUCAAAUGACACCACAGGCAUGGAGAACAAAACUGUCAUAGUCACCACCAUUCUGGAAGCUCCAUAUGUGAUGCUGAAAAAGAAUGCUGACCUGUUUGUUGACAAUGAACGUUAUGAAGGGUACUGUGUUGAUCUGGCUGCAGAAAUAGCAAAGCACUGCGGCUUCAAGUACCAGCUGAAAAUAGUGGGUGAUGGAAAGUAUGGAGCCAGAGAUGCAGAGACCAAAAUCUGGAAUGGAAUGGUUGGAGAGUUAGUAUAUGGGAAAGCAGACAUUGCUGUGGCCCCUUUGACUAUAACAUUAGUCAGAGAAGAAGUGAUUGAUUUCUCAAAACCCUUCAUGUCUCUGGGAAUCUCCAUCAUGAUCAAGAAGCCUCAAAAAUCCAAACCUGGAGUCUUCUCUUUCCUGGACCCACUGGCUUAUGAGAUCUGGAUGUGUAUUGUAUUUGCCUACAUCGGUGUCAGCGUGGUGCUGUUUCUUGUCAGCCGUUUCAGCCCCUAUGAGUGGCACACAGAGGAGUAUGAGGAUGGACAGAUCCAGACCAAUGAAUCGACUAAUGAGUUUGGCAUAUUCAACAGCCUGUGGUUUUCCCUGGGAGCUUUUAUGAGACAAGGAUGUGACAUUUCACCAAGAUCCUUGUCUGGACGUAUUGUUGGUGGGGUGUGGUGGUUCUUCACUUUGAUCAUCAUCUCGUCCUACACAGCCAACCUGGCUGCUUUUUUAACUGUUGAGAGGAUGGUGUCUCCUAUUGAAAGUGCAGAGGACCUGGCAAAACAGACUGAGAUAGCUUAUGGGACUCUAGACUCUGGCUCAACCAAAGAGUUCUUUCGACGCUCUAAGAUUGCACUGUUUGAUAAAAUGUGGACAUACAUGCGCAGUGCAGAGCCUUCCGUGUUUGUGAAAACAACGGCCGAGGGGGUUCAGAGGGUCCGCAAGUCCAAAGGGAAAUAUGCUUACCUGCUGGAGUCCACCAUGAAUGAGUACAUCGAGCAGCGGAAGCCCUGCGACACCAUGAAGGUGGGAGGCAACCUGGACUCCAAAGGCUACGGGAUCGCCACGCCGAAAGGAUCCUCAUUAAGAACGCCAGUAAACCUUGCAGUAUUGAAACUCAGUGAGCAAGGCGUCUUAGACAAGCUGAAAAACAAAUGGUGGUACGAUAAGGGUGAAUGUGGAGCCAAGGACUCUGGAAGUAAGGAGAAGACGAGCGCCCUAAGCCUGAGCAACGUGGCUGGGGUCUUCUACAUUCUGGUCGGAGGACUCGGCUUGGCCAUGCUGGUGGCCUUGAUUGAGUUCUGUUACAAGUCCCGAGCCGAGGCGAAACGAAUGAAGAUGACCUUUGGGGAUGCCAUGAGGAAUAAAGCAAGACUUUCCGUCACAGGGAGUACUGGGGAGAAUGGUCGGGUGAUGACUCCAGAGUUUCCUAAAGCUGUCCAUGCUGUCCCGUACGUGAGACCUGACAUGGGACUGAACGUCAGCCUGACGGAUCUGUCCUGAUCAACGAGAAACUCCUGAGUGCCUUACAAUGAUUUCAGAAGAAUUCUUUUUUCUUUUUUUUGUCCCCCUCUCAUUCAUACUGGCACUUUGUUGGUCUGUCUUGUGAAAAAGGAAAUAUGUAAGAUAGAGGCCUCACUUUGCUGACUGCAAAGACCCAAAUAAAUUGUCUCUAGUCUUUUCCAUGCGAAAACGCCUCUUAUCCUGGAGGGCUUCCACCUGGGAAGAGAAAAAGGGAGGCUUUUGUUUUGUAAACUGGUGACUCCAUGCUUUCCUGUCUGAUCUGCUUGGACUGUACUGCAACAGAAGCAAGGGCUUGACUGACAGCUGAGACUGUGUGUGAGAGUCAGGGGUUCAGUCAUCUCAGCUGUUGAGUGAGCCUGUGAAGAGCAUGGAUGUUGUCACAAACGCAACGUGUCUGUAGCCGCCACCGUCAAACCGGAUUUUCAAGCACACUUGAUCUCAUCUGUACGAAGAUGUGAAAUUGUCUUUUUUUUUCUAAGAAAAUCUCAAGAAAACAUUUAUUGAAAAAAAGUAUUUUUAUGUAUUUUCACAAAAAUAGCUUUUAAAUAAACUUGCUUACAUAAUGGUUGGAUAUAAACAUCUUAAUGUGUGAGUAUAAAGGAAGAAUAAAUACUAAACAACUUCUAGUUCCACAUUUUCAAAGCCAAAUACAUUGCAUAUUGGGGUAAGAUGUUAUAACCAUGUAAUUAAUUCCUAUUAAUUCCUGUAUAUUUUAUUCUUUAACAUUUGGUGUCAAUAUGAACUAUACGUCAAUACUUGACAUUUGGAAUCAAACCUUUGGUGUUUUUCUUGUUGGAGUUGGUGCAGCAGUUUUGCUUUAUUCUUUGGUCUCUUUGUUUGCUUCAGUGCUUUUGCUGUUUGUGUUCUUCUGGUGAUGAACAGAGCUGUUGCUCUGCUUUCAAAAAUGAAACUAAUCUGUUUACAUGCAGUGAAUGAAGAACUGAAUAAUAUGGGAGCGUAGUGUGGCAGUAUAUAUUUUAAAGUGGCAUCAAAAAGUGACAUCCUUAUGGGUAACAUGAUGGUUUCAAAUGCCAAAUAAGGAAGAGUGCCAAAUUUCAGUGCCAGUAAAUAUAAAUAUAGUCUUAAUAUAAUUAAUCACUGUCAUCUCAGUGAAUGUAAAUGACUCUGAUACAUUCUGUAACUUUUGUAACUAGAUGUACAGUUGGUGGCUAUGACAGUGCUAAUACAGUAGACUUCUCGCUUUGUUUUUCAUUCACCAUGUACUUUGCAUUGCUCUGACAAUGAAGUAGCACCAGUUGCAUGUUGUUGCCAGAAAUACUGCAUAUGUUAAUUUGAUUACUGCCAAACAAUCAUUUUCAUUUUAAUGGUCAAGUUGCGAGUUGAACACUUUCAAAUUGGAAAUACAAUGUGAGACACAUACACACACAUAUAUAUGUACACACACAUUAUAUACAUAUUAUCAUAUAUUUUAUACAAAUAUUUAAAAUAUAAAAAGUAUAUCCUCUUCUGAGAAUGGCAUUGCUUCCAUUUAAUAAUAAAUCAAAACAUGUUAUUUUGAAAAGUUUUUUUAAGCUGUUUCACUGUAAGUUAUGAACUCAGUUAUACAGGUUGCACUUAUGAUUAUGGCAUCUUUUGUUUCUCUUUGAGAGUUAGUCUGUGCGAAGUAGUCCUCUGCAGUCAGCAGGGACAUACACAGUAAUAUAAUAUCUGUUCUUUAAAAUCAACAGUAGAAAUGUAUACCAUAGAUGCAAUCACUUUCAUUGCAUAUUCAGGCUAUUCCACUGACAUUUUAUAUUUGGAAUGUGUGCUAACUUGUUUAUUUUUGGGACCCUUUCUAAAUAAAAGUUGCUGAUUUCUUGUUUUCA